AUGUCAUUUCCCUACUUCCAUGACAACAGAUCUUUCUUCCAACCAUCUGCUUUCCUGCUAAUUGGCAUUCCGGGACUGGAGGCUGUGCAUGGAUGGCUCUCUAUCCCCUUUUGUUCUAUGUAUUCUCUGGCUCUCACAGGCAAUUGCCUGAUCCUACUAGCCGUGAGGAGGACUCCCAGUCUGCACCAGCCCAUGUAUUACUUCCUUUCCAUGUUGUCUCUCACUGACUUGGGACUCACUUUGUGCACACUUCCCACCACCUUGGCUGUGCUCUGGUUUGAUUAUCGUCGGAUAGCCUUUGAUGCCUGCUUGAUCCAGAUGUUCUUCCUCCAUUCCUUCUCUGUUGUAGAAUCUUCAGUGCUUCUGGCCAUGUCCUUUGACCGCUUUGUGGCCAUCUCAAACCCAUUGCGUUAUGCCUCUGUCCUUACCAAUAGUGUCAUUGGCAGGAUUGGAAUGGCUAUUGUGACCCGUGCUACUGUUUCUCUCUUCCCUGUGCCUUUCCUGCUGAAGAGACUGAAUUUCUGCCCCGAAAAAAUCCAACUUUCCCACUCAUUUUGUUUUCAUGCUGACAUGAUGAAGAGGGCCUGUGCUGACAUCACUGUCAACAUACUUUAUGGGCUUUAUGUAGUUCUGUCUACAGGAUUUUUGGAUUCUUUGCUAAUUGCUCUAUCCUAUGGCCUGAUAUUACACACAGUGAUGGGAUUAGCAUCUCCUCAAGAAAGAAUCCGGGCUCUUAAUACCUGUGUCUCCCAUAUUCUAGCUGUUCUGGUCUUCUAUAUUCCUGGUGUUGGAGUAUCUAUUAUCCACCGCUUUGGUAGGAAUGCACCACCCAUUGUGCAUACUUUUGUUGCCUAUGUCUACUUAGUAGUGCCCCCUGUGCUCAACCCCAUCAUCUACAGUGUCAAGUCCAAGCACAUUCGGGAAGCAAUGCUUAGGUUGCUAAGGAGAAAGGGCCAAAGCUGA